AUGGUUGCCCAUACAAAGACGCAGAGAACCCCAUCAUGGAAUGGAAUAACCCACCAUAAGCCAGCUACAGACACUCGAGAAGCGUCGUCCUUUGCCCUUACCUGCCCUUUCCCCAUUUUAACAUCAAUUGCAAUGGGGGCUUUAAAAGCGUCCCAUGCUCCCCAGUUGCAGAAAGGGACGUAUUUCAACGAGAUGAAGAUCCAGUGCGACGUCUGUAACAAAGACGAAGCAUCAGUGUUUUGUUCAGCUGAUGAGGCUGCACUUUGUGACGCCUGUGACCAUCGUGUCCAUCAUGCCAACAAGCUUGCCGGAAAGCACCAACGAUUCUCUCUCCUUCAACCUUCCACUGAACAAGUCCCUCUCUGUGACAUCUGCCAGGAGAGAAGGGCCUUCCUGUUUUGUCAACAGGACAGAGCAAUUCUAUGCAGAGAGUGUGAUAUUCCAAUACAUAAAGCUAACGAGCACACCCAGAAGCAUAACAGGUUCCUCCUAACCGGUGUCAAGCUCUCAGCAACCUCUGCUCUCUAUUCAUCAUCAUCAACAUCCUCCGCCAAGGCUUCAACCACCGGUUCUGAUGCUGUUCCUAAUCUCAAGCCUCAAAACUCAAUCAAUACUCCUGUUUCCGCUUCCCCCACAGUUUCAAACCCACCUUCCGUUUUCAAGACUACCAUUGCAGCAGCAGAAAUUGUUGAAAAGGGUGUUUCAAACCCACCUUCCGUUUUCAAGACUACCAUAGCAGCAGCAGAAAUUGUUGAAAAGGGUGGUGGGAUUAAUCAGUUUACCGGCAUAUCAGAGUACUUAAUAGAGAUGCUGCCCGGAUGGCACGUCGAAGACUUUCUUGAUUCCUCUUCCAACCCCUAUGGUUUCUCUAAGAAUAUGGAUGAUGAUGUAUUACCAUUUUGGGAUGCUCAGAUUGAGAGCAGUCUGGGUCUUUUCUCUCCAGAAAAUGCGGGGAUUUGGGUCCCUCAAGCUCCACAACCUCCUCAACUUUCUCAAUCAUUCCCUUCUUCAAACAUGUCCUUUAGUUGGCAAAUGGGUACCAAGGAGUCCAAGGAAGUUGCACACAUCAAAUCUAGCAGAAAGUGGAGCACUGACGAUAAUUGCUUCACUGUUCCACAGAUAAGCCCACCAUCCACCGCCUCCAAGAGAGCUAGGACUCUUUGGUAGUACCAUGAAAAGUCUUAUCCUUUCAGACCCAAAGCCUUCUACCCAUAUCUUACUGAUUUACUUCGAACUUCUCUUUCCUGGGUUUCUCUUUUUCUUUAGAUUCUGGUUAGCUUAUUUCUCCUUUUUUGUGGGCUAUAAGCCUUCCUAUCUAACUCGGUUUUUGUUAUGGUAUUUUUGUGUCUCUUUCUCCUUGUACUUGUAC